UCACUGUGACUAAACAUUAUCUUUAUUCACGCAUAAAAACUGUAGUCCUAAUCGAAACAUUUAUUCCAGUACACCUGAGUAGUUUGAGCAGUUUUAUUGCGAAGUUCUAAAUAUUAUUGUGAUGAAGGUAUCGCUGCGUGUGAUUCCGGGUUUCGCAAUCAACACACGAUACUUUGCCACAGCUAGCCGAUACGGAAAUACUGAACAAGGAAACUCUUUGCACAUACCAAAGUACAGCACUGCUAGAACUACAUAAGUCAUAGACAAUGCACCGUAGGUGUCUCUAGAGUAAGCAGGCUUACGCAAUUUGUGGCUGGAAUAAAAAUGGCGUGCGGUGGGCGAGUCAAGCUGUCUGAUUUCUGGCUGAACCACGGAGAUGCAAGCGUCUUCGCCAAAUCCCAGUGGCCGAUCCACAGGUUUAUCUACCCAGCCUGGCGGGUCUUUUUGGCUUUGUACCUCCUUGGCUGGCUAAUCUUCCGUCUGGCAAUAGAAAAGAACUUUGGGGGUUUCUUCGUCUUUCUUACCGACUGGACCUUUCUCGUGCUGACUCUUUAUGCGGUGUCGUCCUGCAUUGGCGUCAUAUACUUCACCUUUGCUGACAGAAGUAACCGAUUUUACUCCAAAGACACCGCAUCACAACCGGAAAAUGUCACUGUUCAGGAUCUCGGGUCUAACAUGAAUGUUACGUCCACCGAGCUGCCGACACCAAGACGGCCCCUGGAGGGUGCUGUUAGGCCCCCCUUGCCUCACUACUUCAAAUUUGUCUGGGUCCUGUUCAACAUCUGUCUGGCCGUCGAUCCCAUCAUCACAGUGGUGUAUUGGUCGUUCCUCGCGCCGCAAGAAGAGUCUGGCCUCGGCUUGGCGCUAGACAUCCACUUCCACGCCCUGAACACAGUCUUCAUCUAUGCUGAUCUGCUGGUAUCCGCCAUUCCAGUUCGUGUUGUCCACUCCGUUUACCCUUUCCUGUACGGCACCGUGUACAUCAGCUUCACUCUGAUCUACUUCUGGUCCGGCGGCGUGAACCCGUACUCCGGAGAAACGGCUAUAUAUCCCGGGGUGUUGGAUUGGUCCCAGGCCGGCUGGACCGUUUUAUCCUGCGUCGUGAUAUCCAUCACGGUACCCCUGAUUCAUCUGUUUGGUUACGGAGUCUACCGGCUGCGCGUUUAUAUACACAAGCGAUAUUUCGGUCGCAGGCCUGAAGAAAACUGUAAUCUUACCACAGCCGAGGAGACACCUGAUACAUUUUACAGCGAACAUCAGCAAGAUAUGUAGGUUUUACAACCUUUAUUACACAAACAAAGAAGAGGAAAUCGUUUAGUUUAUGACACCUCUAUUUGUUUUUAUAUAGUUCCAUUCAAAAAUGACUUUUGCGAAGGACUGUCAUUUCCAAGAUGACUUUUGCAGCCUCAAGCAGUCUGAGUUUAUGUUAACCCUUAUAGGUUUUUGUCAAAUCCGAUCAGUGCUUUGGAAGAAAAUGCGACUUGUUUUAGCAGUCAGUGAUGUGUGAGUCACAGAAGUUCAGACACAAUUCCCGGUCUGUGGAAGCCUGCUGAUAUUCAACAUGGUAAUCUUGAACUAUUUAGGUGAGUCCGAACACAUAGAGUGCUUUUCCUGCUUAUCAUCGCCAAAUAUUUAGGCAAGUCGAUCCCAAAACACAAAAGGGACUUUUCGUUCUCCAAAUACAUGAUUUGGACCUUAUGCACGAGUUGAAUUGAAAGUGAGGAAAUCCUCAUUUUUGGAAUUUGCGAAGUGAAAUGAAAUAAAGUACAUAACUAAAUAAUUCAAGUUUGCUUAAAUGAAUAAUUUAAACUUUGC